ACAGCAGUUCCUCCACCCAUAUGUUUAUUCCUUUCUCUACCUCCAGUAUAAGAUGGAUCAUCCCUAGGCUGGAUACUUUCUAAGAGGUGGUCUUCCCCUCCAACUUUUCCCACUUCUAUGUUGGGACCAGAUACCGUGCGUGCAUGUAUGGAGGCAGGGGAUAUCAUCAUGGAGAUUUCUUCAAAAGAAAAUGCUCAGUUAUUCUCAAACAACGCAGUCCUGCCUGUUGACCGAUCUUCAUUCAAAUCUGAAUCUUCUACUUCCAAGGAAAAGCAAUCAUGUUGUGGAGGUAUAAAGAUAUUUCUUGGUGCAUUAUCUUUUGUUUAUUUUGCUAAAGCACUGUCAGGAAGUUAUCUAAAAAGUACAAUCACACAAAUAGAAAGAAGAUUUGAUAUCCCUUCCUCCUUGGUUGGCGUUAUUGAUGGAAGUUUUGAAAUUGGGAACCUCCUAAUCAUAGUUUUUGUAAGCUACUUUGGAGCGAAGCUGCACAGGCCAAGAAUAAUUGGAGCAGGCUGCUUAAUUAUGUCAGCUGGAACAUUCCUAAUUGCAAUGCCCCAGUUCUUCAUGGGACGAUAUCAGUAUGAAAGAUUUCCUUCCACCAUCAAUUCAACUGUUAGCAUCUCUCCAUGUCUACAGGAGAAAAGCCAAACUCCACUCUCGGCCUUGGAAAAAUCUCAAGCCAAAGUAAAUGCAGGAUGUGAAAAAGCAGGCUCUUCCAUGUGGAUCUAUGUUUUCCUGGGAAAUCUUUUGCGUGGAAUAGGUGAAACUCCUAUUCAGCCUCUGGGAAUUACAUACAUUGAUGAUUAUGCCAUUGAAGAGAAUGCUGCCUUAUACAUUGGCUGCGUACAGACGCUUGCAAUUAUAGGUCCAAUAUUUGGCUUUCUCCUUGGAUCUCUGUGUGCCAAACUUUAUGUUGACAUUGGUUUUGUAGACCUCGACAGCAUAACAAUAACUCACAAGGAUGUGCAAUGGGUGGGAGCCUGGUGGCUGGGUUACCUAAUAGCAGGUGUGAUCAGUGUUCUGGCUGGCAUCCCCUUCUGGUUCCUGCCCAAGCACCUCCCAAAACCAGAGAGCAGAAAGGACUCCAGCACCUCUUCUGAGCAGUCCAAGUUCAUCACUCAGGAUAACAAAGAGCAACAAAAAUCUUAUCAGCCGCAAAUGAAGGUUGCUGAGAUGGCAAAAGACUUCUUGCCAUCACUGAAGAACCUCUUUGGAAAUCCAGUUUAUAGUCUGUUUUUAUGUGCAAGUAUCCUUCACUUCAAUUCUUUAAUUGGCAUGGUGACAUAUAAGCCAAAAUAUAUUGAACAACAGUAUGGGCAAACAUCUUCAAAAACUAAUUUUGUUAUAGGUCUUAUCAACAUUCCUGCUGUGGCCUUUGGCAUAUUCUCUGGGGGACUGAUCAUGAAGAAAUUCAGAAUCAAUGUUUUAGGGGCUGCAAAAAUCUCCCUAGGAUCAUCUUUCUUUGGUUACCUGCUGUUGCUCUCAUUGUUUGCCAUGGGCUGUGAGAACUCGGAUGUAGCCGGACUGACCGUAUCUUACCACGGGACCAAGCAGAAGGUUGGUUAUGAGCAAGGCCUGUUCUCAGAGUGCAACUUGGGCUGCAUGUGCUCCCAGAAUGACUGGGAUCCUAUCUGUGGAGAGAAUGGCAUCACCUACAUUUCUGCGUGUCUCGCUGGCUGCCAGGCAUCCAAUGGCAGUGGGAAAAACACUGUAUUCUUUAACUGCAGCUGUGUGGGGAUUAUGGCAUCUCCAUCAAGAAGCUCCUCAGCUGUGAUGGGACCAUGUCAAAAAGGAAAUGAGUGUCCGAAAAUGUUUCUAUAUUUUCUGGUAAUAUCGGUUAUCACUUCAUACACUUUGUCAGUAGGUGGCACACCAGGAUACAUACUACUUCUAAGAUGCAUUAAACCACACUUGAAAUCAUUUGCACUUGGUAUCUAUACAUUGGCAAUAAGAGUACUUGCUGGGAUUCCAGCCCCAGUAUAUUUUGGAGUGGCAAUAGAUACUACUUGCCUGAAAUGGGGAAGAAAAAGAUGUGGGGGAAGAGGAGCAUGCAGACUCUAUGACUCCAGUGCACUCAGAUACGUGUACCUGGGGCUGACAUUGGUGUUGGGCACUGUGUCCAUUUUCUUCAGUAUUGCUGUCCUGUGGGUUCUUCGGAAGAGGUCUGCUCUGCAAGAUGAAACCCUCUCAGCCAACGGGGAAAGAGACACCUGUGUGACAAAGAGCAGGAAAGAUAAUUUUGUCAAUAGUGACCAUUUAAUUCAGACAACUUACUGGCCAGAAAAGGAGACUAGGCUUUAGGAAGGUGGAUCUCCACCAUGUUGUUUUCCAGUCAGUGGUGUUUCAGGCAAAAAUUCAUCACCAGUGAAGCAGUAUUUUAGUAUUCACCCUGAAUAAUGUUGACCUUCCUGUAAUUUUCACCAUAAAUAUGAAAAGCAAAGAAUACAGGUAUUUUAGCACAUGUCCAACUCUGAAAACACCGCUCACCAUUUGUCCUGCUGAGUCAACAGAACUCAAGUGAGGGGACUUGUUAUGGUUGGGGAGAUGCAGACUUCUACAAGCAGGUUUUGUGGCUGCUGAGAGUUCCACCCUCCUUGCCAAGCUGCAGCAGCUGCUGCUGCCCCUUUUCUAGCUUCUGUGUACAAGGGGUGGCUGAAUUGCAGCUUUCAGCUAUACUACUAGCCUGACUUUGCAGCCUGCAAAGUACAGGGGUAUCCUGCAUCAGUUCUUGUACAUAGCUUGCCCUUGCAAGGUCUCCAGUGUGGGGCAGGAGGACAGGGGUUUGCUGGAAGGACAAAUCAGCUACAGAUUCUGGGCACCCCCUGCAUUCAAUCCGCAACAUUUAGGCCAUCAAAUGUUGUGGUUAGGAAUUUCUUUUCAAGUAUAAUCUGCUACAGCACAGCAAUAACAGCAAGAAACAUUGUCAUUUCAGUUGACAAUUCCACAAGAGUAUUAUCCAAAGGAAAUUGCAAAAUCAAGCUUCUUUAGUCUCCAGCAGUUUCUUGUUUCUAGCUAGUACUCAGUGUACUGAAUAAUUCCAUGCAUUCUAUGCAUUGUAAUAACACCCUGAUAUGAGAUACAUAUGAUUAAUUUUUAAAAAGCUAUGACAAGACAGCUUCAGAAGAAUAAAAUGAAUUUAAAGACAAAA